GAAAAAAGAAAAAAUUCAUUACAUGCAAAACAGUAAAAGUUAAUAUAAAAAGUAGUGAUGGGAUCGUUUCUUUCAAGAAUAUUUUGGAGGAAACGUGAAAAAUCGACAUAUCAGCAGUUGGAGGAAAUUGAAAUCAAAUUGAAGGAGAUUGAAGAAUUUUCCGGACAAUAUCAAAUAAAACAGAAGAGAUUUGUUGGCAAUUUGCUACUAUAUGGCAUUGGUUCAUCAGUCAUUGCAUUUCUAGCGUUUUAUUUCGCAUUUCUACCCAAGUCAACGGAAAAGCGAAUCAUUUACUCAAUUCCAGUUCUUCUUCUGCCUAUUUUUAUAUUCCUGUUGAAAAAUCUAGUCGCUUGGUAUUUUCAACGAAAAGUUAAUUCAAACUCCGAGCAGUUAGCGGAGUUACGCACCAAGAAACGAGAUUUAUUGGAUCAGGUGAAGAACAAGGAAACUUAUAAAGAUGCAAUUGAAAUUCUCCAACGUUUUGGUGGCAACGAUCGAUCAUUUUCUACUCCAUCGCGUGCGCCACAAAUGACACCCACGCCAUCUAAUACUCCUUCAGAUAGGAAAAUGAUUAAUACCAGCACAUUCAUGACUCCAACAACUGCUUUCAAAACACCGGCUGUUCGUCAGUUAGGAAAUGUGAAUGCCAAUAUUAAUACACUUCAACAACGUCUCAAUGCACAACCAACGCCAAUCGGCCACAAUCGUUCCUUCAUAAGUUCCACAUCAUCAGUUCCAAUAAUUAAAAGCAAUACAAGAACGCCUUAUCCAAUCAUUGACAACAGUCAAAAGACAGUGGUUGAUAAGAUGGUCGACUACUUAAUUGGCGAUGGCCCAACAAAUCGCUUCGCUAUGAUAUGUCAAAAUUGUUACAAACAUAAUGGCAUGGCUCUUCAAGAAGAGUACGAAUAUGCAGCAUUUCGAUGUGCGUUUUGUAAUUUCUUUAAUCCGGCGAAGAAAUUAAGACCAACGGCACCACGUCUUCCAUCAGAAAUUAAUCCAUCAGUCAGCAUACAACGACCAUCGACAUCAUCGGAAAGCAGUUCAGAUUCUUCAGAUAUUGAAGUUGAAAGAAUGAAAAAACCACAAAAUGUUACCACAACUUUGGAUUCAUCAAAUCUUGAGCCAACGCCAAGUGCUCCAACAAAACAAAGUGACAUCGAAUCUGAAUCAGCAAAUGAAGACAUUGAAAUUCUCGAAAAGCCGGAGCGAACCGACAUUGAAAAGAAACUUGAAUAAUAUUUUUAAUUUUACCAUGAUUUAAAUUGUUUUGUGGUAAGAAUCUGGAACCAACCCUUUGAAUAUUCCCAAAUGUUUGAAGUUCCCAAGAAAAUGCCCAUAAACUUUGUUGUGUUAUAAAUCAGACAUUUAAUUUCCUUAUUUAUAUAUCAAAACUUUCAGAAAUCCUCAAAAGACUUUUAUGAGUUAAUGAAAGUGAAAAUUUUCAAUUUUCGGAAAUGUUGAUUUUUAUUUUGCGUGUGUUUGGUGGAAAAGAUUGUUGUGAAAACAAGAAAAAUAUAGAAAUAAAUCAAAAGUUAUUUUUGGAAAAUAAAAUCGAAAGUCGAUUUCUUAUAUUUCUACACGAGACCAUCUUGAGUGCGAUCUGGGUCGUCUGGCGUGAAAGGAAUGUCCCAGAAUCCAUCUGGCGUCAAGUUGUUGUGAUCACGUCUCGGUGGUGAAUGAGCUUUUGGCAAAGGUGGUUCAGCGAGUUUCUUACGGAGAAGAAAUCCUUUGCAAGGUUGGGGAAUUCCUUUGAGAGUUUUCUUACAUGGCUCGAUGUGCUUGUUAGCUUUCUUAGCGCUAUACUUUGUCGCAUAUUCAUCAUAAAAUUCACGACAGUCAUUGCAUUCUCCAUAGAAUUUAGUCCGGCUACGGGUGUCAGCAAAUGACUCAUAUUCCUCUUGUUUCAUCACAGCUUCCUCAAUCUCCUUGCCAAAAAGUUCCUCUUUAUACUCAGUACAAUCCGAAACCUGAAUAACUAAUUUACUCUCAUCAGGUUCUAUAAUUUCAACGCUGCUCCCAAUGCUCAGAUCAUCUCCUGAAUGAAAGAGAUCACAAUCAGAUAAAAGUGAACGAUUUG